UUUUUUUCUAGGUAUGGCAGUGUGGAGGGAGUGUCGAGGUUCUGCCUUGCUCCAGGAUUGCCCAUAUUGAAAGAGCUCAUAAACCAUACACAGAGGACCUUACUGCUCAUGUCCGAAGGAAUGCGCUAAGAGUGGCUGAAGUCUGGAUGGAUGAAUUUAAAAGCCAUGUGUACAUGGCAUGGAAUAUACCCCAAGAGGAUUCUGGAAUUGACAUUGGUGAUAUCUCUGAGAGGAAGGCCCUGAGAAAAAAACUUCAGUGCAAGACCUUUAGGUGGUAUCUUGUCAGUGUGUAUCCAGAAAUGAGAAUGUACUCAGACACUAUCGCCUAUGGGGUGCUGCAGAAUUCCCUAAAAAGUGAUUUGUGCCUUGAUCAGGGGCCAGACACAGAAAAUAUUCCAAUAAUGUAUAUCUGCCAUGGAAUGACACCACAGAAUGUUUAUUAUACAAGUAAUCAGCAGAUCCAUGUGGGUGUUCUGAGUCCCACUAUUGAUGAUGAUGACAACAGAUGCCUGGUAGAUGUGAACAGCAGGCCCAGGCUCAUUGAAUGCAAUUAUGCCAAAGCCAAGCGGAUGAAGCUUUACUGGCAAUUUACUCAGUGAUUACGACUCCUGCGCAUACACAGGACUGUAGGCGUUGAUGUUCAUGUAGCUUUUGUAAACCUGGAGCUGUUCAAAUAUUAAUGUAUUUUUAAAUGUAUUUUUUUGGUUCCCACCCAUAUGAUUUCACAGCUCCUCCUGUUGCAUGAGUGUAUGCUCACCCUUCUGGAGAUUCUGAAACAUGGAAUGAUCUCCAGAGGGAACUCUGAUAAAACAGGUCAUAAAAAGAGGGGGGGGGGUUAGAAGAAUUGCCUCAAAGGAAAUAGGUUUUGCAAACUUAUAAUAGGCCAAUAGUCUCAGAGAGGUAACCAUUUUAGUCUGUAACUAAAAAAACUUAAAAAAACAACAAUGGUCCUGUAGCACCUUAGAAACUAGCCAAAAAUAUAUAUAGACUGUAUCACCAGCUUUCAUGGGUACAACCCACUUCUUUUUAUAAGACAGAGUGAACUGUAUUUCCCCAAACUGUCACUUGUCCUGAUUUCAGGCCUGUCUUUGAAUUGAAAUGAGGAAACUUUAUAUAUAACUACCUGUAAAACACAUCUUACAUUCUCAGAGGCAAAACACUCAUCCAUAGUACUGCAAGGACCGCAAAAUGCAUCUUCAGUCCUACUGCUUCCUUCUAAGAUUCUGUGAAAAUCAAUAGGAUCAUGUGGGUAAAACUGAAACUUUUUGAAAAAUGUGCCAGUUAGAUUGUAUUCCCCAUUUUCUCCAUGUGAAGGUAAUGGGGUGAUUUAAUUGUAUUAGUUUAAUGAUGGGAAACAUUUAAAUAUUACAGCAAAAUUAAAAGGUCAGUUUCAUACUCAGCAAACAGUGGAAUCAUUCUAGGACUAUUCACAUGCCUAUUGUUAAAAAUGUAUUCAUGUACUUUGCAGGAUCAAGGUCUAUGUAUAGAAAUCAAACUUAACUUCCUAUCUAUUUAAUUUACAUUUUAUUUAUCUAACUUUUAUCACAUGCAAACUCCUCACCCAACACAUCCAAACACAAGAACAUAAGAAGUGCAGAGUAAAUCAAUCAAAGCAGCAGUGUUUCUUCUUACCACACAUCAUUUGAUUUCCAAUUAUGGAACUAAUAUGGCUUAAAACUCCCUGUUGCACUUUUCCUGUAGACAGAAAUCUUGCUAUCAGUUGCAUCAGCAUUCCAUCAAAGGCCUGCUCAAACAGAUGGCCUUUGUAAUAUGCCUGAAAGAUCAACUAAUUUGGGCUCUUUCAGCCCUGAGGGGUGGAUCAUUACAAAGGAAAGGAGCCUUAUUGGAAAAUUUUCUGCAAGCACCCUCUUUCCUUUUAUAACGAGGGGAGUGGAAUGGAAAACCUGUCUUAUGAAAGGAGACUUAAGGAGCUUGGCUUGUUUACCUUAACCAAAAG